AAAGAAGUUCUACAUCACAUAAGUUUGAGAAUCUCACUAAAUAAAAAAGUGGAAACAUAAGUUUGAGAAUUUUGUCCUAGAAAAUGAAGAGCACCAACUCCCACAAAAUCAAGUUAGCAACUGCAUUUCUUUUUGUAGCAGUGUUGCUACAAAUCAUUGUGAUGAAAGUGGAAGCGGAUUGUUCCGGUCCUAUAUGUACAACAACUACAAAUUGUGUUACACCAUGUGAAUGUAACUUUACUGAUGCCGUACUUGGAGUUAAAAGGUGUUGUAAGACUUAUGACCUUAUAUGUGAUCCUCUCAACAAAUACAGUUGUUGUGAUGGACUUAAAUGUCUUGAAGUUUCACCAGGAGAGUUCAAAUGCAAAGAUCGUAAUUGUGAGGAGCACGUAAAUCACGAAUGUUAUCCUGGCAUUUUCGAAUGUUGUGAAGGUUCUGGUCUUACAUGUAUUUCGGUGGGUGCGGAUGCCUACGAGUGCCAAUAAUUGUGAAUUACUACCUCCGUUUCGAAAAGAUCUUUACAGUUACUAUUUGCACGAACUCCAAUGCAAUAUUUCCAUCAUGUAACUUUGGAUGCUCUUUUUAUGUUUUUUGGUUUAUGAUGCGACGUGUGAUUUGUGUUCUCUCCUUCGAUUUUUCACUUUCAUGGUUUGGGUUGCACCGGAAAACAUUUAUAUUGUUUGAUGGGGUAAUCAAUACUUGGCUUUUACUAGAUCUACACAAACUAGUAAAAGGUGGGUUGUAUGAUAAAACGAGUGCAUAAUAAAAAUAAGAAUUGGUUUUUA